AUGACUGAUCAGAACUCAGUGAAGGAAGAUGAGAUGGCUGGUGUUGGGGGUGUUGGGGGUGUUGGGGAUGUCGAGAUGGGAGGUAUGGAGCCGGCUGUCGAUGGCAGCUUGGGCGACGGAGCUGAUGGCAGGGAGACUAAUGGAGGGGCACAUGAAGCUGCAGCUGAGCAAACGACCAGCACGCAUACACCCUUCGCCUUCGAGGUGAAACCAGACCCGGAUGCAGGUGAACAACAGCCCCCUUCAUCCUCGCCCACCGAUGACGCCAAGAUGAAGUCCGGGCCGAAGAAGAAAGGCACUGCCGCCAAGAAGGGCCCCCGGAAGACCAAGACGCCCAAGUCCAAGGCUGCGGCCGCAAAGAAGAAGAACGCUGCCGGCGGGGUUGACGCAAACGAGGCGAGCUCCGACGAUGAGACCGACAACGGCCCGUAUUGUAUCUGCCGCGGACCAGACGACCACAGAUGGAUGAUAAGUUGCGAUGUGUGCGAAGAUUGGUUCCACGGGGAGUGCGUGAGCCUGGCCAAGGAGACCGGCGAGAAGCUGGUCGAGCGCUUCGUCUGCCCCGGCUGCACCGAUGGGAAACGUAACUACACCAAGUACAAGAAGACCUGCUCCCUGCCUGGCUGCAAGAACGCCGCCCGACUGUUCACCAAGAACCUCAAGGACCGAAGCGUCUUCUGCAGCAACGACCACUGCGAUGCCUGGUGGGCUUCCAUGAUCACCACUCUACCUCAGAAGGCGGCCUCUAAGAAAGCUGUCGAGGUCCUUACACAGGAGGAUUUCAUGGGUUUACUUGCCGCCACCGCUGAGAAGGGUGGCUGGAAGCUUGGUGACAAGCCCUUUGGCAACAUUGAGGGUAUGUGGGCCAAUGGUCUACCCACCCGCCACGGUGUCCUCAGCGAUGAAGAGCAGAAGUUUCUGCAGACAUCCGCCGCAGAGCGCCUGGCCCUAGGAAACGAAAUUGUACAGUACAAAAAGAUGAUGCAGCUCAUGGACUGGGCCAACCACCGACGCCAGGCAGCCAUCGAGGCGGGCAACUUCACCAAGGACAGCUGCGGCUACGACUGGCGGCUCGACACCGUGUCGGUGCGCGUGCAAUUCGCGGCGUGGCUCGAGACAGCCGAGGGCCAGGCGACCUUCAAGGCCGGCAAGCUCGACGCGCCGCUCGACUCGGCCGACGACCCGCACCCGCCGGCCGUCUGCGGCACCUGCGACAAGAAGCGCUGCAAACCGCAUAACGGGUGGUAUAAGGUACUCAUGAGCGCGGUCCGGGUCCUGAUCAAGGAGACGGCCACGGCCGCGGCCAACAAGCUCGAGGCGGAGGAGGUCAUGCGGCAGCAGGCCGAGUCGCGGUACGAGCGCCGCCAGCUCGAGAACAACUGGGUUGAGGUCUUGGAGUGA